GUGAUCGCACGAGGUUAGUGCACCGCCAAUCGCGACUGGAUUUAGACGCAUCGUCCGUCGUCUACAAACUACAAACAAGCGCGGAACUCUGACUGCUUCGCACUGCGUCGCGAACGGCUUAUAACGAAGCGAAGUGUACGAACAGAUCCAGAACAGUGGGAUCAGAUCAUCAUCAUCAACGGUUGUCGACAGUUCGUGAACAGUUUUUUCUCUCUCUUCUCUUCAUUUCUUUUAUUUUCGGCAUUCAAUUAUUUUGCCUCCGGGACUCCGCAGAAUUCGCGCGCGCUCCGUAUCGUGUGAAAGUUUCACUUGCAAUAUAAAAUAAUAAUGUGCAAUAUACGGGUCCGCUCUGAAUCGUAAUAAGAGUUGCGGUGAGCGCAGACCUAACGAUUUUCGUGGGGGAGGAUUCCUGUAUUUUUUCAUCUCGCGAUGAAUUCGGAAGUGCUGCGAGUGGUCCACGAGAAGGACCCCUGGAUCGUGGAAGAGGACAAGCAGUGGUUCGUCGAGGAUAGUGCGACGAGACCGGUCGAGGCGGAUACGAAGAAGGCGCGCCGGAAGUCGUGGCACGCGAUCAAGUUCGAACGGAAGCGGAAAAAGGGUGUCGUCGAGACCGGUGCGACAACAACUACGAACGAUACGAGCGGCAGCGAAGGUGUUUUACCGCCCCUGCCGCAUCCGCACGCUAGACAGAAGAGACCCUCCUGGUGGAACAUCUUUGCAAAUCAACCAUGGCCUAGGGCACGAAGAGCAUCCCAAGAUGUCGGUACAGUCACUAAACAUAGCGAACAUUUCCCAUGGACGAGGAGUAAGAGCAGGAGCGUGGACCACGGAAUCACCACUCCGUUCGAUCUGGAAGCGCUGAGAGCCAAAGUGGAAGAUCAGGUCGACAAGCAUCUCGACAGAGAUAUCGAUGGGUCUAACAGCAGCUUAUCGGAAAGGAGAAGAAUUGGGCCCCCAGAGAACACGAUCACCUAUCAUGUGGCUGAUAGGGAUACGCUGACCUCUGUCGCGGCUAGAUUCGACACGACACCCUCCGAGCUGACCAAAUUGAAUCGCCUAGCGACGCCCUUCAUCUUUCCUGGUCAACAGCUUUACGUCCCAGCGAGACAGCCUAUCGAUAACGAUUCCGAUAGUUCUACGCCCAUUGAAGACACCCACGACGAUCUACCACCUGAAGAAAAAGAAUUGUUGGAUAAUUUGCGACCGGUGAGUCCGAAGCCUGGCCAUGCGGAAAGAAUUCGAACACCGUCUUGUAACACGGACAGCUUCGCUGAUGAGGAGUCUGCUAUUUACAAGAGGUUCCUCAAGAUCAACGUCAGACAUAUCACAGAUGGCCAAGGCGUGGUCUCUGGGGUGCUGCUCGUCACGCCCAAUGCGGUUAUGUUCGACCCGAACGUCUCCGAUCCUUUGGUCAUCGAGCACGGCCCCGAAGCCUACGGUGUCAUCGCACCCAUGGAGUUCGUGGUGAACGCAGCCAUUUACAACGAUAUCGCCCACAUGCGCGUCGGCCACGUGGAGAACACGUCUGGUAGCAGCACCGAGAAACCGGAAAUAUAUUAUCCCAAAAACGACAAAGUUACGGACUCGCUGCUGGUCAAGGACGAGACUUUCCCGGAACUAGUAACCGGCGACGAUGCCGAGUCUAUAUGCUCGUGUACCGAGCGAGAGGGAGAUGCCUUCCCGAAGGCUUUCGAACGUGAUCUUGUCACGCCCACAAACCUAGAAGAUGCCGAACAACCGCAGAGGAGCAUUGAGGAGAGGCGAAAAUCAUUGUUGGACCAUCACUGGGCCAUCCCUUCCAAAGACCGGGCGUCAAUGGACACGGACGAUUUACCGCUGUCUGCAUCUCCCGGUCCGUUGGCUGAAGAGCAGAUCGAAGAGGAGGAUGAUUUAUUAACCAAACAAAGUUGCCACGACUCUGGCAUCGAUAUUAGGGAUACAAGUAUCCCGCCAAUUGUACCUGUUGCAUCGAAGAAAGUAUAUAGCGAUGCUGAUAUUGUCUUAUCUCGUGACUGGGUUCCACCAAUAACGAUUGCUCCCACACAGAUCACCAGCACCGAGACGGACAGUCCAGGCCGAAAGAAGACAAGCUCAGUCUCCUUCAGUCUCGAUUCCAGUUCUGAAGCGGAGCCAAGUUCGGCAUGCUAUUCGAGCAGCGAGCGCGAGGAAGUCGACAAGGGCGGAGAGAGCCGGAAAAAUAAAAUGUUGAAGAGGUUGUCGUAUCCACUUUCUUGGAUGGAAACUCUAGCAGGCGACGGAAGCAAAGAUGAACACGAUAAGUCGAGCCAUCCGCAUUCCGCUGAUGCUCACCACUCAUCGUCUAUGUUUUCUAAAGUUUUCUCUAGUUCACCUAUAAACCUGGUGGAUUUCGGUACUGGCCUGUUCUUGAGCAAAACUCCGUCGGAGGACAGCGGCGGCUCAGGGGGGCCUCACUCAGGAGGCAGUGGGGGGCCGCCUAUGACGCCCGCGACUGGCGCCAACUCCGAUUCCCCGCACACGGAUAGCUCCAGCUUUUUCCCAACGAACAUUAUCAGUUCGAUGGGCGCGAGCGUCGGUGCGAUGGGGGCCCAUGUGGGAGCCUCCGUCGGGGCGACGGUCGGCGCUGUAGGUGAGGCUGUCGGCGCCUCCGUCAACGCCGUCGGCGGCGCCGUCAACGCUGUUGGCGCCACCGUCGGCGCCGUUGGGCGUUCGUCUGUAGGAACAUUCAUCCGCCAACCAACGGAGGCAGGAUCCAAACACGCGAAAGCUCCGCCCCCAAAACUCGACUACCGAUCGAUGGUUUCCGUCGACGAUAUGCCUGAACUCUUCGUAUCCUUCGACAUGCGAUCCCCGCACUAUGGGCUUGACAUGCUGGAAUUGAUUCCGAGGCCGGCCAGAUCGUGCGAGGAUCCACCCUUGUAUCUGCGCCUACGUAUGGGCAAACCCAUCGAUAAACCCAUACCUAGAUCGACACCCUUGAUGUCUUACGGCAAGAAGAAGAUGAGACCAGAGUAUUGGUUCAGCGUGCCGAAGAAUAAAGUCGAUGAACUGUUCAGCUUUGUUCAGGCCUGGGUCCCGCAGCUCUACGGUGAACUCGACGAGGAUCAAGUGAAAACUCGAGGAUUCAGCUUAGUCGAGUUGGACACGGAAUUAUGGAGUGACGAACCGACGCCGUCCGCAAGUCGUCACGGUAGCCAAGAUGGAGAGAUUACAGAACUGACUAGAGAAAGUUGGGAGCUGAUCAAGGCGCCGUAUGCUAAGAUCUACUCCAUCAUCAAGACUCAGACGAUGUCAGCGGAUGGAAACGAUGAGGUGUUGCCUAUGUCGGAGGAGUUCCGACGUGCCCUUUACGCAUCUGCGGCACCAUCCCUCGACGUCGACUUGACACCCCCAGAUCUGGUUGGAUCCACGGAGGUCCUGACCUACGAACACAGGGAGUCGCUAUGCAGACACCUGCCGGCCAGAGCGGAGGGCUACGUUUGGACGCUGGCCUUCAGCACAAGUCAACAUGGAUUUUCACUAAAUUCUAUGUACAGGAAGAUGCACAAACUGGAGUCUCCGAUUUUGCUCGUCAUCCAAGAUACAGAUAAUAAUGUUUUCGGUGCCCUGACGUCGUGCGCUCUGCAGGUAUCCGACCACUUCUACGGCACCGGCGAAUCCUUGCUGUUCCGGUUCAGUCCACAGUUCCAGGUGUACAAUUGGACUGGAGAGAACCUAUAUUUUAUCAAAGGCAACAACGAGAGCCUCAGCAUAGGCGCGGGAGACGGCAAAUUCGGUCUCUGGUUGGAUGGUGACCUCUACCAGGGCCGCUCCGAGCCAUGCAAGACCUACGGAAACGAAGCCCUUACGCCGAGCGUGGAUUUCGUCGUCAAGACGUUGGAGUGCUGGGUCUUCAUCUAAAAGGAUCCACCCAUAUCGCACGAGGGUUUGAGAAACCAACAACAACAAACACAAAUUUCCUUUCAUUAUUUUUAUUUUCGUUUACUUUAUUUUUUACUUUUCAUUCAUCUUUCGUUUUAUGGGAAAUAUAUUUUAUAUAAGAUACGUGCACCGCAUUGCCAACUUUGCUGAACGCUGUUCGCAGCUCGGUGUAUAUCCGUUUUCGGGGUUUAUUAUAAUAAGAGACGGCCGAACAAACAAAAAAAGAAAA